UGUAAUCAGAGACUCAUGAGAGGAAACAGCAGACAGAAUACACACCAGAGCUUAAGUAUGAAGUUUAACACAGCUUUGAGUUUUGUUGGAAUCAUACUUCUCAACAUAGAAGGUUCUCUCUGCCAGUUAGAUGUAUGUGGUCAAGCCCCCCUCAACAACAAGAUUGUUGGAGGGGAGGAUGCAACAGCAGGGUCUUGGCCGUGGCAAGUCAGCAUUCAUGCCAUCCGCUAUGGAAGGCAUUUCUGUGGUGGGAGUCUAAUCAAUAAAGACUGGGUUUUAUCUGCAGCUCACUGCUUCCAGGAUUCCAUAAGUACCAUUGAUAUCUACCUGGGACGUCAGAGCCAAUCGGGCUCAAACCCUUAUGAGACAUACAGGACAGCCAGGCAAGUCAUAAAUCACCCUAACUAUGACGGUCCUAGUCAUGACAAUGACAUAGCUCUUCUCCAGCUCUCCUCUUCUGUGAAUUUCACUGAUUACAUUAAGCCAGUCUGUCUGGCGGCUGCUGGUAGUGUAUUUGCUGGAGGUGCAGAGAGCUGGGUGACUGGAUGGGGAACACUACAGGCUGGAGGCCAGGCUUCAGUCAUACUGCAGGAGGUGAUGAUACCAAUUGUGAACAACAGUGCCUGUUAUAAUGCUUAUGGAGGGGGCAUCACGAGUAACAUGAUUUGUGCUGGAUUGUUAAAUGAGGGAGGAAAAGAUUCAUGUCAGGGAGACUCUGGAGGUCCAAUGGUCAGUAGGAUCAGCUCCCUGUGGAUUCAGUCUGGCAUUGUGAGUUUUGGUCAAGGAUGUGCUGAGCCGAAAUAUCCCGGUGUGUAUGCCAGAGUUUCUCAGUACCAGGACUGGAUCAACUCUUACAUGGACAGCAACCCACCUGGAUUUGUCGAAUUCAACUCCAAUGGAUUCAGAAGUUCACCCAACCUCCUUUUAUUCUCCAUUUUCCUCACAUUAUCCUUUAUUCCUUUCAUCUUUCUUUGUUGA